AUGACACUCUUCCCUAUUUAUAAGCUUUUGCUAUCAUUCCUCUAUAUUGGCAAUGCUGUUGCUUGGCCAAUUAUUUCCGUUCAGUCGGUUCUGAAACCUUUCGCUGCACUUCCCGACGACAAUGGUCCUAAGUACAGCCUUCCAAUGUUUGACACCAGGUCCUGGGAAAGAGUAGACGAGAUUCGUCUAGCUCGAGCAGGAUAUAUCUAUGGGCCCCCUUUACUCGGAAACACAUCCUUCUUCCCUACCGGGGUUCUGGGAGAAGCAAUGGUAGCCCGAGACAGGGUUGCGUGGUUCAAAGAUGUGGAAUAUGUCACCAACAACGUCUACCUUGAGUUGGACAAGGCCGCUGCAGCACUGAUUAAGGUGGGGGGCAUACAAUCACUCUCUAGCUAUGAGAUUCUUUACAAAGAUCAAUGGGCCUCCUCACUCCCGGACGGUGUAUCCCCCGGGAUGCUGACCAACUGGACCCAAGAUCUGCUUUUCUCCAUGGAGAGGCUUUCUACUAAUCCCUACGUGGUUCGACGCCUACAUCCCAGAAUUGGCAGUCUCCCUUUUCCAGUAGAAGAUGGGGUGGUGCAACACCUGGCUGAGGGUCGAACACUGGCGGAUCUACACCAGGAAGGACGUCUCUUCUAUGCUGACCAUUCCUAUCAAGCCCCUUACCCCAAGACUCCUGGGCGCUGGACAGCCGCUUGUACCGCGUAUUUCUAUAUCCAUCCUGGAUCUGGCGAUUUCCUUCCAUUGGCUAUCAAGACUAACAUGGGGAAAAACCUUACAUAUACGCCACGGGACGACGCAAAUGACUGGCUUUUCGCCAAAAUGGCCUUUGGCAUGAACGAUCUCUUCCAUUCCCAGCUAUACCAUCUAGCAAAUACACAUGAUGUCGCUGAGCCCGUGCACCAGGCUGCCUUGCGAACCAUGAGCUCGCGGCAUCCUGUCCGUGGAUACCUUGACCGCUUAAUGUAUCAGGCAUAUGCGGUUCGACCCAUUGGUGAGGAAUUCCUUUUCAAUGAAGGCGGUUUCUACGACAGCUCCUUCGCGGUUCCAAACUGGGCCGGCAAGAAGUUCGCAACAGACGCCUAUUGGGAGCACGCGGGUCACUUCCGGUCCACGAAUUUUUAUCGGGAUUUCGCAGACCGUGGUCUUCUAGAUUGCGCGUAUGGGCCUCCGCUCCGCUCCUUCCCAUUCUAUGAGACUGUGGCACCCAUGGUGCAAGCCAUCGAAGACUUCACUCGUUCUUUCGUGGAAUAUUCCUACCCCAAGAGCAGUCUGAUGGGCAGCGACCACGAACUACAAGCCUGGAUCAUGGAGGCCACCAGUGAGGCUCAAGUCAUUGACUUUUUCCCUGCCCCAUUAUUCGCGCGCGAGGAUCUUGUCUCGAUUCUCUCCCACAUGGCAUUCCUCUCUGGGAUUGCGCAUCAUGCACUCAAUGGUGCGACUGUCGGGGAGGCCCUGGGUGUGCUUCCGUUGCAUCCCUCCUCCUUCAACCAGCCACUUCCUGAGACUAAAGGGGGCAUCGAAUCGCUGAUCCCGUGGCUGCAUAACGAGACCGAGGCACUGAAGCAAGCUUCGCUCCUCGUCAGGUUCAACCGACCAUUGUUGGAUGAGCAGAAAGGAAACCUUCCGCAUAUGUUCUGGGAGACCGAAUUCUUAGGCCCGGCUGGAAGCGAUCUUCAUGCUGCCGAGGGGAAGUUUCGGGCGACGAUGUUAGCUAUCAGUGAAGAAAUCCGGACAAGGCAAUUCGACGAGGAUGGUUUAUCGCAGGGUAUGCCUUUUAUCUGGCGUUCGAUUGAUCCGAGGAAGAUUCCUUACUACUUGUGUGUGUAG